GAUUCCAAGAGGUUGCGCCGGCUGGCAGUCACCGACGAGGAAGAGGAAAGGCCGGCGACGAUGGCCUACGUGAACCCGAUGGCAGCGACGGGCGUCGAGCCCAAGCGCAUGCAGCUGCUGCGCGCAAUCCUCCGCAAGGCGCUCGACGCCUCUGUGAGCGAAGCCAGCGCGCUCGAGAUGACCGACUACCUGCCGCUGACCAACACGGACUUCCAGGACGAAGUCGGCGUCCAGGUCAUCCAAAACAUCCGCCACCGCAUCGAGGUCCAAUUCGACGCGCUGUGCAGCCAGUAUGGCCUCUGCGAGAAGUUUGCCGAGCUCGAGACGCUCAUGGCCUGGGACGAGCAGUCGCAUUUGCGCCAAGAAGCCGGCAUCCAAGCAGCGACACCGCAGCGCGUCGAGCCGCAGACGCCGCAGGACCUCAUGACCAUCGAGCGUGUCCGCCUCAUUCGCCAGGAGAAGAAGCGCCUCGAGCUGCAGCUUCACGAAAUCCACCAAGCCAACACGCAGCUGGAGAAGACGAUGGCCGAGACCCACGCCCACGGCAGUGGCCUGCUCCAGGCCAUGGAAGCACGUCUCGACACAAUCAGCCGGGCGUCGCAGAUCUCCAUGACUUAAUUGUCAUCGGCCACAACUACGGCAGCGUACUUGUAAUUUAUCUGUACGCUGCUCUAUCUGCAG